AUGCUGCGCACUCUGAGAGCUGUCGCGGCUUGCGCGCUUCUCUCAGCCCCGGCAUUGGCCCAGACAUACACCAAUUGCAACCCCACGGAAAGCACUUCCUGCCCUCCAGAUUCGGCAUUGGGAAAAACAGUCAACAUCGAUUUCACUUCUGCAUCGGACAGCUUCACCGCCGAAGGCAACCCCACAUACGGCUCCGAUGGCGCAUCAUUUACAGUCGCCAAGCAGGGCGACAGCCCCAAGGUCACUUCAAAAUGGUACAUCAUGUUCGGCCAGGUCGAUAUCGAGCUCCAAGCAGCACCUGGCCAAGGUAUUGUCAGCAGCUUCUUCCUGCAGUCCGACUGCCUGGACGAGAUUGACUGGGAGUGGCUCGGUGGAGACAACGCCCAGGUGCAAUCCAACUACUUUGGCAAAGGGAACACCGCAACGCACGACCGAGGAGCCUUCCACGCGAACCCGGGUAACCACGACGGAUUCCAGAAGUACACCAUCAUUUGGACCUCUGAACAGAUUGCUUGGCAGAUCAACGGGCAGACCGUCCGCACAUUGAUUCCCGAAAACGCCAACGGCCAGUACCCCCAGACACCCAUGGCCAUCAAAAUCGGUGCCUGGGCCGGUGGCGACCCGAACAACGAGCAGGGCACCAUCGACUGGGCUGGCGGUCUGACUGACUACAGCAAGGGCCCGUACACGAUGAAAGUCAAAAACUUGAAGGUUCAAGAUUAUUCCACCGGUACCACCUACACGUAUGGCGACACAAGCGGAACUUGGCAGUCGAUCAAGUCCAACGGGGGUACCAUCAACGGGGGCGGAACUCGUGUUGAGCAAAACGCCCCUGGUAUCACAUCUGCAGCCACCGGAGCUCCUCUUCCAUUCACUCCUCACACGACUUCUCCCUACACCAGGCCGAGUGUCUAUCCCUGGGUCCCUGACACCACUGUGGCGACCGUUGCUACAACAACCUACGGCAACUACCCUGGAUUACCGAGCGGAUGGUCUGUUUCAGACUCUGGCAAAGUCGUUCCUCCCAGCCAAGCUCCUGUCAGUAAGCACCUUUUUUUACCCCUCCCUCCCCUACAUAUCCAUUCUUACUAA